AUGGGAACAUUAGUCCAGGAAAUACCACGACGGUUCGAUUACUUCUACACGAUUAAACGCGGUGCUGGGCUGACACUUGCUACGCCCGACAGACUUAAGAGAACUGCUAGAGUGGACACUUACACAUACUACGUUCGAACGAGAGCCAUGGAAAAGCUAAAGACAGCAUUAUGGCCACCAUCUCGAGAUUACAGUACUGUGCGUACAAGCCAAUCUGAUGAUGACGAACCACAAGACGUCGUGGAAGAGCGGUUGCGUGGAGACCUGGCCAUCUUGGAGAGCAACGUAUGGUGCCUGCGCAUGAGUCUGCUCAUCACCGUCUCGGCCCUCUUGCUCGUCACUACUUUCGCCGUCUUCAGUCGUGUUUGCUGUGUCAGAUCGUCCCUCGCUUGCGGGAAGGGCCACAUAGGAAGCGAUCCAAAUGGUUUCGUACCGCCUAAUAUCGGCGAGCCUCCAAGAUGGACACUGUUCGACAGCACAUCACCUUACUACAUUCCCGAAGACACGUUCGAUGAUCUUGACAAGACCAAGAUGAUGGCCAAGAAGUUGAAGAGCCUGCACAACUCCUCGAACGUCCUUUUGAAUGGCAAGUUCGCCGACUGGAAGAAGCCAGACGGCACCGUCGCAAAGCUGCCUGCGUAUUACUCAACCGUGUCCAACCGACAGACAUACAUCAUUCGCUCAUUUCACCAGAUGCAUUGCCUCAUAUCCAUCACCGAAGAGUAUGGCCACAGAGUACACAACGUCGCGUCGCAAUGGGCCCCUCAGCACGUCGCGCACUGCCUGAACGCGAUCCGCGAGGCAAUCAUGUGUCUGGCCGACGCCACGCCCAUGACCUACGUCAACGGCUUCGCCGUCGGACAUGUCACGGAUGACCAGCAGUUCAUGUGCCGAGACUGGUCUGCGCUGCGGAAAUGGGCCAACGAUCCGGUGAGAGGGAUACGGUACAAGAACCUCGCGCCCGAGGGUGCCAAGCACGACCAAUACACUGAGAUCAUCCCCUUUCCAGAGCUCUCCGAGUUGGAGAAGGUCGGCCUCGCCUGA